UAGUAGGCUGCUGAUGUCGAUGGUCUUUGUUAGUCGUCCGCCAUCUUGUGUGUUUUCAUUCAGCAUUCGGCAUCAUUGCCCUUGUUUCAUGAAGAAAAUUUCAAGUUUUUUGAGUGGAAGACACCCGUGGAGUUACUGAAAUGAGACAAACGUAAACGAUGGCGCGGCAGAAAGUUAAAGUAGAAUCUCGCUUGUGCGACGAAAAUUCAGGCAAUUCUAGUGCCGACGAUUCGUCCGACGAGUCAAGCGUAAAUGAAAAUGCGUCAUCAACAAGCUUCGGUGGCAGGUCUCGCGUCAGCAAGAAACCUGUCAGCAAGGCUCGCUGGUCCAAAGAAGAGGACGAGCAGCUGAAGCAGUUGGUCGAGAAGCACGGCGACAAUUGGGAAGUAGUGUCAGGCUAUUUCCCACUUCGUUCUGACAUCCAGUGCCAGCAAAGGUGGCAAAAGGUGGUCAAUCCAGAGCUCAUCAAGGGGCCUUGGACGAAAGAGGAGGAUGACAAAGUGGUGUCCCUGGUCAAGCGGUACGGUCCUAAAAAGUGGACUUUGAUCGCUCGCCAUUUGAAGGGCCGCAUUGGGAAGCAAUGCAGAGAGCGGUGGCACAACCAUCUCAACCCUAACAUUAAGAAAACAGCAUGGACCGAGGAGGAAGACCGCGUCAUUUAUCAGGCACACUGCAGCUGGGGAAACCAGUGGGCCAAAAUUGCCAAGUUGCUGCCUGGGCGCACAGACAAUGCCAUUAAAAAUCAUUGGAAUUCGACCAUGAGGCGGAAAUAUGAGUCAGUCGAGGAGAAAUCUGAGAAUAGACGACCCAAGCAGACGGCUCAGAAGAGGCGACAGAGACCAGCAGAGGCGAUUGUAAAUUUACCAAAGAUCGACAGCAGCAGCAGCUCCACCCAGACAGCGAGCCAGCAGCCCGAAGUCGUUGAAUAUUAUAUGCAAUCAGGAACUGUACUUUUUGAGAAGUGGGCGCCCAACGAUAUCCAAGACUCAAACUCGAUGUCCUCCGGCAGCCAUGUCAUAAUGCCUGUCUCUUAUGAAAAUGGCGGAUUCGAUGCUCUCUUACAAGCUUCAGCAAGCAUCUCACGGGAUGAUUCAAACGUGGACUCACUCUUGGAUCGCCUGUUGAACGCUGAAGACCUGCAAAAUAUUUCUAUUGAUAAAGAGGUGGACUCGAUUUGCAAGACUCCCUCAAAAGCUACGCAUCAUCUUUUCAGCAAAUGCAACGAAAGUUUCAUAAUUGGCCUGAGCACACCACCUAGCCGCUCCCCGAUCAAAGGAGAAGCAUACAGUCCAUCGCUAAUCCUGAAUUUCCAAAGCAGCCCAUUCAAUACCAGCGGCAUCCCCAUGGCAAUGUCCACGCCCGUUCGGCGGAAUGAUGACGAUGCCAACGCUACCCUGUGCACACCGCAACCACCAGCCUUCAGGGAACACCUGACGCCGAAAAAAGAAAACUGUGCUUCUACACAAGGUACUCUGACGCCACCUAGCUUUAAAAAGCUUAUCAACAGAUACAACGGCGGCUAUGAGAAUCUCUCAUUUCAGACACCUGUCAGGCUAAAUGAUGUAACUGAAAUAAUUAAGAAAGAACAAGAUGGUCUAUCGUUCCAAGAAGAUGAGUCAUCCUUGUCACAAUUUGAACCAUUGCAGGACAGUGGCUAUGCCACAACCAACAGCAAGAAGCGACCUGGCUUCCCUACGCCGCCUGGCAAAGAAAACACGCAGCCCAAAAGGGCGAGAAAGUCGUUGAACAUCUGGACUUCAAUGACGAGUACACCACAAGUCUCUCUUGAUGUGGAAACACCGAGCAAAACGCUGGGCGGAGAAGAUGACUCGUCUGUUCUCUUCGCCACACCAUCACACAUGGAAAACACGCUGUCGCCUGAUUGCUCGGCGCCUCUGCCGCCGCCCGACGAUUCCGGGCUGCGACUUCUGGCGGCUGUGUCUCCCGACUGGAGGAAGAUCCCGCCAGUCACGGAGCAAGUACCUGGAAUCAUGGCCAGCCAAGACACGAUGAGCCCAGAAAAAUCCACUAUGGUGGUCAAAAGACUCAACUUCACUACUGACACCCUUGACGUGAAGAGCCUUUUGCCACAGGUCGGUGUGAAGUUUGAAAUGGUGGCUUGUGGUCAUUCUCGGGACCAGAUGGAGAUGACGGAGAAUGCUAGAAGCGUUGUGGUAAAUCACAAACCCCGCCAGCUGAAUUUGUAAAUUGACUGGGUUGAUUGGUUGCGUUCAAAUUCUAAUUAAAAACUUGCAAAUUAAGAUUAUGGAGUUGGAUUUUCCUAUCAUAAUGGUUUUUGUGCGCUAUCAUCCCUCAAUAUUUUAUCGUUUACUGUGAUUUUUGCCGAUCUGAAACUACGUUUGCAUUUAUUUUCUUAGUAGCUUGGACCAGAUUUUAAUCAAUGUACUGCUAUAUAGUUAAAUGCGCUGAUGAAUUGACACUUAAUAAAUUAUAAUAAGCUUUUUGUAACUUAAAAAUGCCCACAGAUGAACACGAUUUUUAUAAUGUUAAUAAUGUUCAUGGUAUUGUGAACAAUAAUGAUUAGAGAAAAUAAAAAUAAUUUUCUAACAUCUAAA